AGGGCGAACGGCAAAGGGUGAGGCACACAGAUGGGGCUCAACAGUAGCAAAGGUCUCCAGUGGCAAAGAUGGAAAAACCUGGUGGAGACAGGAGGCAUCAACUACCCAGCAUCACCUGAAGAACUGGAAGGCAAUAUUGUGGGUGAUGGCAUCACUGCUGACACUGGUGGAAGAUGUGUUUUCUGAGGAGGGCAAUAAAGAAGCUCAGUCGGACCUCAAGCGUGUCCUCAGGCAGCCAUCCUGGUUUCCUGCAGAGUAUCUGGAACAGGAAAGCAGCAUCUACAUGCCCUGGCCUGAAGCCUUUGAAGAGUGGUCACUGAUGCAAAAAGAAGAAAUCCAGCAGGGCAGAUGGCGGCGUUCUCCUCAUGACCUAAACUCAGCCAGAAUGUCAAGGAAGAAUCGCAACAAGAUCAAGAGCACUCACGAUUGUCGCUUGGAGAAGAAGGAGAUGCGAGUGCGGGAUCUUGGCCUCGGCUAUGACUCGGACGAGAUAGUCCUCUUUAAGUACUGUGUGGGCACAUGCCACGGCUCCCGCAAGAAUUAUGACCUGGCCCUUAAGGCUCUGAUGGACAACGGGAGCAUCACUGACAAGAAAGUCAGCAGUCACCCCUGCUGUCGGCCUACUCGCUAUGAGACUGUGUCCUUUAUGGAUGCCCAGACUACCUGGCAGACAAUUAGGUGGCUCUCAGCGGCCAACUGCAGCUGUGUGGGCUGAAUGCAAGAGGACUGUCUUUCCACAGUACACAAACACAGAAAAGCUCUUGUGUGAAAGAGCAGAAUGCUGUGAGGCCUGGUGUCUUCAGUGGGUGGCUUAACCCAGAUUCAUGUGGUCUUAGACAUGGGAUAAGAUCCACAGUGUAGUGGCCAGGACCAGUGGCCCUCCCACUGUUGUUAAUGGAGGUUCAGAUACCUUCAGAUAGAGGCUGGUGGCACCAAGAGGCUCUCUGGAUGUUUGUGUCCAGCUGGGAGCAGUGGAAAGCUUUGUAAAUGCCACCAGCAAUAAGCACAGAGGACAAAACCAGUCCACAGUGGAUUAUACUUAGCAUCUUUUAUUCAGCUAACUGAAGAUGUUCAGCUGACACAGCAACCUUCUGGCAGCCAUGUUGGAGAUCUUCAUCUCUUUGGCAACAAAAUCUCUGGGUAGCUUACUACAUUUUUAAGCCUGUGGCUUGUUAUGUAUAUUUGACUGGGAACUGUUGAUUUCACAAGUAAUCAGUUAUUGGUUUCCCUCAAGUACAAGGGGCUAAGUGCACGCAGACAUCUGUGGCUGAAAUAUACUAAUAUACUACUGUGUGUACUGUAGACUCUAGCAGGUAUGAAGGGUAACAUUUGUCUUAAUUUAUGUUCACAAAAGAAAUACACAAAAUAAAUUUGUGCAAACAUAAUUAACAGAAUAGAAAUAUUAAUUAUUCAUUGUUACUGAAUGAACUUUAAGAGAUGUCAAUGAUAAUCCACCAUUAAGGCUAAAAACCAAAUCCAAAGGCAGGCGGCAUAUGCCAAGAUUCGGCAACUUUAUUCUUUACAGUGGACAUGGAGUGCCAAAACACCAUCAGCAUCAGUUUUAGCAACCUUACCAUUCAACGGACCAGAAAAUUAUGUCAGUGAAACAAAUUGCUUUAUGUACAAAUUUAAUUUGAUAGUACAUAUUACUAAUUUGUGCACACAAAAGGUUAAUUCAAACAAAGGGUAUUAAUUACUUUGUGACAAUAGAGAAAUACUUCAAAUCAAGGAAUCUCCACUAUUGAUUUUCAUUUGAACUAAUAACACAUUUGGCCUGUAGGUAAG